AUGGAUGUCAAGACUACUUUCCUAAAUGGAAAUCUCCUUGAGGAUGUGUACAUGACACAACCUGAAGGUUUUGACAUUCCAGAGGAAGCCAAAAAGAUUUGCAAGUUACAGCGAUCAAUCUAUGGAUUGAAGCAAGCUUCAAGAAGCUGGAAUCUUCGUUUUGAUGAAACU